AUGAUAUCCUCUAUACUGCUCACCACUCUGCCGAUACCCUCACUCAUUCUCAUGUUGAUAUUCACUCUAUAUCACUUAACACCACUUUUAACGCUCUUACCUAACCUAACACCAUCACUUCAGAAACUAUCAAACAUCAUACCCCAUCCUAAGAAAGGUAGAAAUCUACCUAGGGAAUUCUUCAAUCUACCUCCCAGACCAGGAUCGCCCUUAUCAUCCGAUCAAGACCAUUCGUUGAGAGGCAGAUUGGGUGUAAGAGGUGGAUUGAUGAUUAUCCUUCUUGUUGAAUCGAUCACUUCACUAAUCUCAGGUUGGAUAUUCAUCUCUUCCACUUCCACUUCUACUUCAACUGUCCACAAAUGGGGACUGGUGGCUACAAGCUUAAUUUUGAUACCAAGUACUAUCACUUGGUUAAGUAUUUAUACCAUUUUAUCAAAACCAUCAGCAAUACAUGAUCGACAUCAAACUUCUUCCUCAUCAUCACCAUCAUCAUUCAAAAGAUUUGACUUGAGAUCCAAAAUCUUCAGGAAUGGAGGUAUCACCCAUUCGACGUUGUUUCCAAGGAUCUUGCCGCUUUCUAUAACCUGCUCUAUUUUGGUGAUAGUCAUCUCAUCAAGUCUCCCAUCGGAACAUGGAGGAUAUGCGAUUCUUGGAUAUACCUCCCUAUGUCUCUCGAUUAUCUUGGGUUGUGGAAUGGUUGGAAUGUGGAGAAUGGUAUAUAAACCUAGAGAAGGGUUGAUUAGAUUAAGAGGUGAAUCAAGGAUAUCAUUAUAUGAAAAAGAACGUCUCAAAACUCUGUCUCCUGAUACAGAAUCAACAUAUAGAGUCAGUAACGAAAUUCAGAUCAAUGAUGGUCAAGAUAUUGAACGAAUAAGGGAUAGCAGUUGGAUUAGUUCACCUUCCCGCCCACCUACCCCCGUUUCAUCAUUCGAUUAUUCAUCACCUCACGGAACGAUAUCGACCAUGGAUAACUCAAGAGAUACCAGCGCCUACAAAACUCCUAAAUCCAAAAUGUCUAAUUCAAGUUUCGCCGCUUCCGCAUCUUUCGCCAUGCCUCAAGCCCAGUCCUCUAAUCACAAUGCAUUCUCCGCAGCUCUUGCUUCGACUUCAGGUUCAGCUACGACAUUGGUCUCACCUUCCCAUGAAGCUAUAUCUGCCUCGAGAACCGCAGCAAGUGAAGUCAUGAAUGAUAAAUCAUGGUUGACUGAACCGACAAACUCACCUGCAAGUAUAUCGUCUUGGUCCUUCCCACCUACUCCAGAACCUGAACGUGCUAUCACUAGAAAUAGAUCGCCUUCUCCUUCAACAGUACCCUUCUCAAUCGAAAUUGAGUGUCAAAAUGGAAAGCGAGAUCCGAACUUACCUAAACCAAGACCAGAUGAAACUGGAAGAAAUGGAGAUCGAACUGUACAACCUAAUAAAUCAUCUCAUAAUACCACAAUCUUUAGUUCACCUGGUUCUGGCUCAGGUAUCGUCUCAAUGGACGCGUCCAUCUUAGCUGAUUACUCACCAAAUCCUUUACAUCCUUUACCGCCUAGAGGAUUCGAAAGUUUAACUAGCUAUCCACUGUCACCAGAUCAGUUAGAAAGUAGAACUUCUUUAGUCACGAGAAUGACAGGUUUACAAUCUCGUGAUACACUAGCUAUGAUUCCCGUUGAAAGAGGUUCAUCCACAUGGACGUUACAAACUUAUCAUUCGGCCAACGGUAAUGAUCCGUACAAGACUCCGGAUCAUAAGUCUUCCAGAGCCAAAAAGGUUUUAUCCACAAAUGAAAGGAGAGCUCCUCCGCCACCACCUAUGCCAAUUGAUAUGCCACUCCCGCCUACUCCUACUUUUGCCAGAAGCUCGACACUCUUCGACGUGCAAGGUAAAGACAGCAUGGAAUUACUUCUGGGGUACGGAGAUUGGGUCCAAGUGGAAAGAGAGGAAGAAGCUUUGGAAGAUUGGGGAAGAGGUAGUAAGGGAGUCGGAUUUUUGGCUGUCGUCACAGUUUUAUCUUGCUAUGCGCUAUCUGUGCCCAUGCUCACCUAUGGUUCUACCGAUAUGCCAAUUGUACUCUACCUCGUCUCGAUCCUUCUGCCUUCACCUAUCUUAGCCCUUACCUCUGUCCUUCUACGAUAUCGACCUUUGAGUUGCUCCAACACGCGAUCAGAGAAGGUGUCAUCAAAAACUACCUCUACAAGUGCUCAUCGAUCAUUGGCUCUGAGAUCCGAGUCUCAACUCUCAUUGCCUAUGUCAAUCUCACUCAAACUGACUCCCCCAGCACCAAGAAGAGCUUCGACCGUGAAUCUUGCUUCACCAACUUUAUCCAAGAUCAUAGGCCCCAGACCCUCCUUGACAACCUUCAUGGGUUCAGGUAAAUCACCCGAAAGGCGACAUACAGUGUAUGGAGGAUUAACAAUGAAAGAUCUCGAAGCUGAAGAAGCGAUGAGAAAGACUCUAGCAAGAAGAAGUGGUGAUGUAUGGAUAUCAUCAGGUCACGCUAUCGAAGGUGGCGGAAUCCUAUCUCGUGCCACCGAAAUGUUAAAGCCUGUUCCCGCGAUGAGAGUAUUAGAAGAUGCUGUAAAAACGAAAGAAUCUAUCAAACCCAAGUCACUGAGAGAUAGCGUGUUCUCCAUGGUCUCGAAGAGGGCGAGUAGUCUUUUCCAGCAAAAUCGAGCAGAUGAUGUACGAUCAAGUCAAUUCGAAGAUGCGGAUAACGAGACAUCUCGGAAUUACAUUCAAGCUUCACCGGCAAGAUCGAAUAUCGCCAUUUCAAUUAUUGGUCCUUCACCCGAGAAAAGAAGAUCAACUGCCAGAACUCAGAGCUCAUACUCUACUGAUGAUGUGGAAGAAGGUACAGGUAUAGAUGUAAGUUAUCAGACAGCCGAGAUUGGAAUGGCGAAGAGGGGGAGAAUGUCAAAUGGACCCAUGUUUAUUUUCGGUAAAAAUGACGAAAGAGGGAAAGCAACAGAAGAAGGAUAUGAACUGGAUUGGUUGACAGCCGGUGUUCUACCGAAUCUAGUACCAUCGAUCAGGUUCGGUGAUGAUAUUCGAAUCGAGCCCGCUCCUCGUUCUGCUCCACCCACUUCCACAACGCAUAAGCGUGCAUCAGGAAUCCAGGAAACACCUAAGUCUCGAUCUCGUCCCGCUUCCGAUAUACCAAUCAGUCUGCCACAAGAAGACGAAGACUGUGAGGUGACCAUGCCAUCUUUCCGACAAUCCUCUUUCAAGCAAUCCACACCACAUAAUCGACAACAUACUCACACCAGAUCAUAUUCUUCUUCAAUCGAUUUCACACUACCUUCAGAAUAUUUCACUGCUGAAUCUGCCACAUCUGCUUCACGUGAAUUGAGACAAAGGAAUAUCGGAUUAGGACGAUCAGAUACCAUUGAAAGUAAGAGAACGAUCCCACAUAAACCGUCUUUCGGAUUACCUAAAUUAGAUAAAGAUAAUGAUUUCGAAGUCGAAAUGAGAAAGUCAUUCGACGACCUCUCAAGACCAAAUUUCGACGAUGAUGGUGAUUUAGAGGAAACUCCAACUGGGAUUGACCUGCCUCCCAUUCCAGCAAAAUUAACUCACAGACCUUCUCUAUCUAGGGUAUCUGAACAUACUGAAGAGCCAACUUUAUCAUCAAGUUCAAUUUCGCUUACCGGUACUCAAGGCACUUCAGUGAUACUUUCUCAAUCCGCCUUGGAUGAUAUGCAUCUGGCACUGACGUUAGCAUCAUCGACUCCAGCUUCUAAAAGACCUAAAUCAAGCGAUGCGUCCGGCGAUAUAUCAGUGAUGAACAGUAUCUUAACAAAUGAUGAAGAUUUAGAAGAGAUGGAGAGGAUGAUGGCGAUGGAUACACCAACCAGAACUGAAUUUGUCAUUUCACCUCCUCCAUCCACAUAUGACGGUACAGGUACCAGUGGAAGAGAUUCAAGAGCUUCUGAAAGGUCGAUAUCUACCAUAGCCACCGCAACUUCGUCUUAUAGCACGACAACCAACAGCACUUCGUUCGAGAAUACAAGUCCUGCACCGCCGGUUCCAACACUUCCAAUGGAGUAUAGACAACCAACUUAUCUCACACCUGUUUAUUCUCAUCCCCACCCACCACCUCUUGAUCAUGUCACAUCAUCCACUCAUCCAUAUCAGAAUCAGAAUCGAAAGUCGUUCCAGAUGCCAAUCGUGAAUUCACAUCCACCGGUUCAAUCCCUCUUACCAAGUAAAUCGACUGAAACACUUCAUUCAACCACUUCAUCUUCAUCGUUGAGCUCAUCCUUCCAAACUCCAAAAUCAAAAUCAAAGUUGAACCAUCAACAAAGUAAGAAAGAACUGAAAUUAGUAAAAGCUUUAGAAGAAAGAAAUAUUCAGCCUAGGUCACAAACGUCAUUAGAAAUUCCAAUUCGUAAACAACCUGAGAAUACUUUGGUUGAUAAGAGAGGUUUAAGACCUUUAACUAUACUAGCUGAUUCGAAUUCCAACAAUCUUGAAAGCGGACUACGAAGACCUGUUACUGCUGACAGCAAAGCACAACAACAGAAGAGGUUUUCAGUGCACCAGCAACAGCAACAAGAUGAUCAACGUAAAUCUAGCACGAGUAAGGGAAAGAUAUCGGAUGGCAGUGCUAGUGCAGGGAAGGAAAAUGUCACUACAAGGAAAGGAAGUAAACCUUCCUCUGGACCUGGAACAGGCAUAAGAGGAUUAAGGGCGUAA